GCAAAAGUCAUGACGUCAUAAAUGCGAAACAUGGCGGUGCACCACCGUCAGCCGAGUAGCACUCGAAGAAAAGUUCAGGUCACGUUUGUCAUCCGCGAUGAGGUGGAGCGACAGCACAGGUCGGGGGUCAACGGCCUCCAGUAUGACCCAGCCAUCAACAAGCUGUACUCAGCCGGACGUGACUCUAUCAUCCGGAUUUGGAACCUCCACAAUCCGAGGGACCCAUAUCAGCUGUCUAUGGAACACCACACGGACUGGGUGAACGACAUUGUGCUGUGCUGUGAGGGCAAGACAUUAAUUUCGGCUUCAUCUGACACAACAGUCAAAGUCUGGAAUGCACACAAAGGUUUCUGCAUGUCCACACUAAGGACACAUAAGGAUUAUGUCAAGGCGUUAGCCUAUGCCAAAGAUAGGGAGCAUGUUGCUUCAGCUGGCUUAGACAAGCAGAUAUUCCUGUGGGACGUACGCACCUUGACAGCGCUGACAGCCACUAACAAUACUGUUACAACUUCUUCACUAAAUGGCCAGAAGGAUUCUAUUUAUAGUCUUGCAAUGAACCAGUCGGGCUCGGUCGUCAUCUCGGGGUCUACUGAAAAGGUGUUGAGAGUGUGGGAUCCGCGGACGUGCGCCAAGGUCAUGAAGUUGAAAGGUCACACGGACAACGUCAAAGCUCUGCUGGUCAAUCGGGAUGCCAGCCAGUGCUUGUCGGGGAGCUCAGACGGCACGGUCCGGCUCUGGUCCUUGGGCCAGCAGCGAUGUAUUGCAACCUACCGUAUGCACCAGGAUGGCGUAUGGGCGCUGCGCGCCAACAGCUCCUUCACCCACUUCUACUCAGGCGGGAGGGACUGCCGACUGUUUGAGACAGACAUCAGGUACCCCGAGGACAGUGUGUUGAUCUGUGAGGAGCACGCUCCAAUUCUGAGGAUAGAAAUCACCCCAGACCAGAAUGCCCUGUGGGUGGCAACAACCCGGUCGGACAUCAACGAAUGGUCACUAAAGGGAAGCGACAGUAGAAAUUCUGGGGAUUACGACAACGCGCCCUGCGAGCCGUACAUCAAAUCACCGGAGUACACAAUCAGAGGCGGACCAAGUGUCGUCCAGUACCACAUCUUGAAUGACAAGAGACACAUAGUGACCAAAGACACAGACAGCAAUGUUGCCAUUUAUGAUGUGCUGACCGCUAAACAAGUGGAGGAUCUCGGAAAAGCUGACAUGGAGAUUGUGAUCAAGUCCAAACAUCAGAUGGUGUAUGUGCCUAACUGGUUCUCAGUUGAUUUGAAGAUUGGGAUGCUGUGUAUACACCUCGAGGAGAGCGACUGCUUUGCAUCCUGGGUAUCAUCCAAAGACGUUGGGCUUGGUCCCGUUGACGGUCCUGAAACGAAAGUGAACUUCGGAGGGCUGCUCCUUCAGGCUCUUUUGGAACACUGGCCCAAAACACACAGCUUGGAACCAGAGGAGAUGAAUGGGCAUGUCAACGGCCACAACACCAGUCCCGGCGAUAUCAACCUGUCGUUGGACCCUGUACACCAGGGCACGGUGCUGCGUAAGGGUAACUGCUACUUCAGCGUGCCCGGUCACACCCCGGUCAUCUUUAGCGAGGUCGGGGGUCGCACAGUGUUCCGCUUCCUGUGUCGGGACGCCGGUGGGGACUCGGAACGUGUGCUGCUGUUGGAGACGGUCCCCCAGUGGGUGACGGACAUCACUGUGGAGAAAAAUCAGCCCAAAUUCAACAAGAUUUCCUUCUUCUUGCAACCUCACUCCAGUUCCGGGGCCAAGACCUUAAAAAAGGACAGACUGUCUGCCAGCGAUAUGUUACAGGUUCGUAAAGUCCUCGAGCAUGUCUAUGAGAAGGUGAUGGGGGCGGAUGCUGGGUCGGGAAUGAAUGGCAAAGGACCGCAGGAUGGAGACGAGGACCUGCCUAGCAUAUAUGAAGACAAGGUGGAACUACUGUGCCAGGACCAGGUUCUCGAUGCCAGCAUGGACUUGCGUACCGUCAAGCAUUUCAUAUGGAAGAGCGGCGGCGAUCUCACGCUACACUACCGCAACAAACAGCCGUGACGGAGCCCGUCUGGUUUUGCAGAAUGUUAUUUUCCUCCUGUGGGCAUCUUAAGUCCGUCAUCUCUCAGGCGGUGUUACUCCGUUUCUCAAAAUCAUUCACUCAAGGAAGUCAAACAGGAGAGCUUGCAAUGGAUGGCUACAUCUGCCUGAGGAACAUUUGAUUGAUGGUCGUUAAAAAUGUACCGGAAGAAAUGAUUACACUGAAAAGCGCCAAAUUUGUACAUUUUUAAGGAGAAAUAAGCAUUGCUGCAUAUCGGCCCACAUUACGUUUGAUUUAUGUCCAAUGUCAAUUCUUGUACAUAAGAUAUUUACUGACUGCAUCCCCUUAUAUUCACUUCUUUAGAAAAACAAAGGUAGAUCCCCCACCUUUGCACUGGGCAUGUGUCAUAAAUCGUCUACUUUGGAGAAGUAAUCGCUUGGCAGAGUUUUUGUGCAACCCCAAAGCCGGAACCAGUGAAAAGCGGUACACAGAAUGUCCAACUUUUGCUGGUAGUCCACUGUUUCCAAGAGGAAUUCA